CAGCUGGGCAGACUCGCAGCCCGCCUGGCCUCCCUGGUAACCCGAACCCGUGGAGAAGGCGGCCCCGCCCCUACCGAAGCGUCCCCGUUGUCCUGGAAACCAUCGCUGUGCUUCCCCCGGGCGUGUGUGAAUGUUUUCCCCCCUCCCCUGGGGCCAGCGCAAGGAGCACCAGUUUAGACACCAGAACCGAGCUGAGACUGGGGAGGGGGGGAGAAACUUCAGGAUUACGUCACAAUCGUCCCGGCUCUCUUAUUCACCACCAGAGUUAACAAGAGAGCUACCAACCAGAAUGACAAAGGACUGAGAAGCCCAAAUCCAACAAACAUGGAAGACAAAGGGGACCUUGCAGUAACCAGCAAAGAGGAGGUUCAGGCGCAACAAAAUUCAUCAACACAUAGUACUUUAAUUCAUAAUUCAAACAUAAUGGAAAAGUAUGAAAAACUUGGUAAGAUUGGAGAAGGAUCUUAUGGCGUUGUAUUCAAGUGCAGAAAUAAAAGCUCUGGACAAGUUGUGGCUAUUAAAAAAUUUGUGGAAUCUGAGGACGAUCCCAUUGUUAAGAAGAUAGCAUUAAGAGAGAUACGUUUAUUGAAGCAACUAAAGCAUGCUAACCUUGUGAACCUCAUUGAGGUGUUCCGACGAAAGCGGAAAAUGCACUUGGUUUUUGAGUACUGUGAUCAUACUCUUUUGAAUGAGCUGGAGAGAAGUCCAAAUGGAGUCGCUGACCGUAUGCUCAAAAGUGUUUUGUGGCAAACACUCCAAGCUCUCAGUUUCUGCCACAAACAUAAUUGUAUUCACAGGGAUGUCAAACCUGAAAACAUUCUGAUAACGAAGCAAGGGACGAUCAAGAUCUGUGACUUUGGAUUUGCUCGACUUCUGAGUCCAGGGGAUGCCUAUACUGAUUAUGUUGCUACGAGAUGGUACCGAGCACCUGAGCUUCUAGUAGGAGAUACACAAUAUGGUCCUACAGUAGACGUGUGGGCAGUUGGCUGUGUUUUUGCUGAGUUGUUGACUGGCCGGCCCCUCUGGCCUGGAAAAUCAGAUGUGGAUCAACUCUAUCUGAUCAUCAGAACCCUGGGAAAACUAAUUCCGAGGCAUCAGACCAUCUUUAAAAGCAACCAGUUUUUCCAUGGCAUAAAUAUACCAGAACCAGAAGAUAUGGAAACUCUUGAAGAAAAAUUUCCAGAAACUCCUCCAGUGGCUCUGAACUUCCUGAAGAGUUGCUUGAAGAUGAAUCCAGAUGAUAGAUUAACUUGUUCACAGCUCUUAGAGAGCCCUUAUUUUGAAUCUUUUCGAGAAAGUCAAGUUAAAAGAAAAGGGCGUAAUGAAGGAAAGAACAAAAGACGAUCACAACAGAAUCAGCUGUUGCCUCUCAUACCGGGAAGCCACAACACCCCCACACCUGAUGGAAGAAGACAGGUCCUCCAAUUAAAAUUUGAUCAUCUUCCAAACAUUUAGGAAAAUCUUCAAGUGGAAAAGCAAUUUAACAUGUACAAAAUUCUCUGUGCUCUAAAGAGGAAUUCUCAGUGUUUCAAAUGCAAAUAAGCCACGUGAAAAUUAA